UCCUGGCCACGGGAGGGGGUGUCAGCAGCAGCUCGAGCCCUGAAUACUCUAAAUAACUUUAAUAAAAGACGGGGAGCUUCAAACUUAAACCCUCCCUGAGAGCAUCCAGCUGGGGACGGGGCAGGAGUGCAAGGCCUCCAAUUAAUUAAUGAGUGACAAGGGCUGGGUUUAACGCCGGGAGAGAAACUGAUGGUUUUUGUUAACGAUCCAGCUUCUCCUUUUCUCUCCCCAACACACCCGGAGCGCCCAACUCCAGCCUCACAAAUACUCAGUGAACUUGGUUCAGCUCUUGGAACUGGAUCCACAUGGGCAAGUCUUGGUGUCCGUGCAAGGCGCUGUUGAGCUCUUGGGAAAUCCUCGCUCCCAUGUGUGAAGAUGUCCUUGGUGGAUCUAGGGAAGAGGCUGCUGGAAGCAGCUCGGCAAGGGGAAGAUGACGAAGUGCGGAAGCUGAUGGCGCGCGGGGCGCCCUUCACCACCGACUGGCUGGGGACCUCCCCUCUUCACCUGGCAGCCCAGCACGGGCACUACUCGACGGCCGAGGUGCUGCUGCGCGCCGGGGUGAGCCGGGACGCCCGCACCAAGGUGGAUCGGACCCCGCUGCACAUGGCGGCGGCCGACGGGCACGCCCAGGUGGUGGAGCUGCUCAUCAGGAGUGGGGCUGAUGUGAAUGCCAAGGACAUGCUGAAGAUGACAGCUCUGCACUGGGCCACGGAGCACAACCACCGCGACGUCGUGGAGCUGCUCAUCAAGUAUGGAGCUGAUGUCAACGCCUUCAGCAAGUUUGAUAAGUCAGCUUUUGAUAUUGCUUUGGACAAGAACAAUCCAGAGACUCUGGUGAUGCUGCAGGAGGCGAUGCAGAACCAGGUCAGCUCUCACCCAGAGGGAACAGACUCUGUCACCAACACUGUCACUCUCACCUCACCACUUAUUCUUGGACCAGGGGAAAUUCUCAGCCUCGCUGGUCUUGUGUCUUCAGCAAACACCAAAACAACCUCGGCAGGUGACUCUGGGCAGUUUUCCGACGCGACCACCUCGGUGCUGGCCACCCUGGCUGCCCUGGCCGGGGCCUCCGCGCCGCGCCGCGCCGACACAGGCAAAGCAGAGGACGUGGAGGCAGCAGAUCCUGUCGGCUCUGCCCUGCAGCAGGUGGUGGGUGGUGGCAGUGGGGGACAACGUGUCAUCACCAUUGUCACCGAGGGGCUUCCCCUGGGCAGCCUGCAAACAGCCCUCCCCCCCAGCAGCCUGGGCCAGCCCCUCAUCCUCACCGUGCAGGAGGGGCAGCAAGUUUUAACUGUACCUGCUGGUCAGGUGGCAGAGGAGACACUUGCUGAAGAUGGAGGUGACACUGAGGAGGAAGAAGAGCCACUGGCCAAGAAACAAAGAGUGGAACAAAAUGUAGAUGAGUCGAAGGAAGAUGAGGUAGAUACUCCUGCUGGUGACUUUGCCAUUGUGGGAGAAGUGUGGCCAGCAGGGCCAGGGAGGGGAUUCUGCCUCUCUGCUCUGGGCAGCUCGGACAGGGAAGUGCAGCAGCUGCAGGAGGUGAACCGGGAGGCUCAGGGAUUCCGCAGGCAGCUCCAGCAGGAGGAGCAGGAGGCAGAGCAGCACCAGCUGCAGCUGGUGGCCCUGGAGGGGGAGCAGCACAACGGGACAGAGGAGACAGUGCUCGAAGAGGUUGCCGAGGUUGACUCACUGGUGGUAACCUCAGAAGACAUCCAGGAAUCCGUGCUCUCCAUGCUGGAAACGGAGCAGCCGACGGAUAUCGCCGUGGAAACUGUAACUUCCUAAUCCUCAGUGACUGACUGGGUUUUGUAAAGGAAAAUAACUUUUUUUUUCUUUUUUUUUUUUUAAACUGUUAAUUAAGGUGCUGUUGGCACAUGGUGUUGGGAGCAGAGAGGAGCUGUUGCCAAAGCCACCUUGUCACCAGGGUCGAAGCUUCUCCACCCGCUCACAGCAUAACUCUGCUCUCAGCACGGUGCCAGAAGGGGCUUUAGAGCUUGACCUGGAGAGCCUGGAGGCUUUGUACCAAAACUGUAGCCAGAGAGUGACCUGAGGGCUUAUUUGGGGAUGUCAAUACCUGCAUUGUUGGGGAGAGGGAGGGGAAAAAAAUACCUCAUUGACGGAGCAGCUGGAUCACGGCGCUGGAACCACGUUCCCCAACAUCCCGAGGUGUCUGCACCCUGGGAACCAGUCAUCUCUUGGGGUGUUGCUUUGAAAUUUUCAGAGGUGUCAAGGGGGUUUCCCCUUCCAGCUGGAAAAGGGAAUUGCACGUUCUUUUUCUUCCCAAAACCACCAAUCUUGGUUGGGGCAGCUUUCAAUGCAAGAGGCUGGGCCGGACGAGUCAGCCGGAGCAGUUCACGCUCUCAGGGAACACCCUGCUUCACCCCUUUGAUUUCAGGGACAGUUUUGGGGAGCUGGUUGUCAGACCCCUCAACUACCCACCCAGAGGGAUUGCAAAAAAUCCCUCCUCCAUUUUACAGUAUUAAGUGGAUUUGCCACUUUGGUGCUGAACAGUCACACUGCCUGGUUCUGCCUGCAGAACUGUCCAUUGGGCAGCUGAGCUGGCUCCAGAGGGAGACACAUCCCUUUUGAUUUUUAUUAAACAGGUUUUUUUAAACAGUUUUUUUUUUUUAACAAGCAGCCCAUCUUGUGACUGAAAAGCUUGGCUUUGGGUUUGUUUGUUUUAUCUUGGUGGGCCUGCUUGGUGCAGGGACCUGUUCAGUUGUGGGUUUCUGGGCAGAAGGGGACCUGGAAGCACCCUGAGUGAUCACGUGGAGCUUGAUAGUGGAAGAGGAACAAGGGAGGUCUAGAAAAAUGCUGCCCCAGGAGGGUACUGAGGACCAGGGGUGACCUGCAGCUCCUGGCCUGGGCAGCCACAUCUUCUCACACAACAAAAUUCCAUCACUUUUGGCCCAUAGUUUAUUGAUUUUGGUGGUUUUUGGUCCCGGUUUUGUAACCAUGGGCAGGAUUGGGGGUAAUGAUUCCAUGCCAUGGUCCCUGCGUUGUGGUUCUCCCUGUUAUUCCAAGUGUGUCCAGAUAAUCCAGUUCUCCAUUGGUUUGGGUGCUGCCUUUGGCAUUUCCUUGCUGGUAGAUCAGCUGUGUUGUGAUGUAGGAGAGGUGAAAUGGACUGGUGAGCUCAUAGAGGUGUGAGCAUCACAGCUCUGGAGGAACUUCUCACCCUGGGAGGAAACCCCUUGAUCCUGAAAUCAGCUGGAAGGGAAGGUGGGAUCUGCUGGAAUCCCAUCUGGGGAAGGUUCCUGUAACGCUGGCGUCAGACUCGCUGGGUCUGGAGAAUCCAAGUGCAUUUAUUUAUAACCAGUGUAGCUGUAUUUAUAAAUAAGACUUUUUUAGUCUUUUUUUUUUUUUUCCAAGAGCUGUUUUGAAGAA